AUGAGUGCUUUGCAAGGGUAUCAAGCUGACGUGCUCUUGUGGUCAAACUACUAUUACGUUGCAUUAACAUCGCUUUGGGUAUAUGACUUCAUACUUUGCAUGACUGACUCGAUCACUUUUAUUGUCGAGUCUCGGUGCGGGCUCGGCACAGUGUUCUAUCUCGCCUGCGAGUUCUCACCAUCCGCCUUCCUAUUACUGAAUAUGCUUGGCAUCUUCGUACUCAGAAUGCUUGCGGUGUGGGAGCGGGAGAGGAGGUUCAUGGUGAUCAAAAUCAUCAACAUCAUUGCCUAUUUAGUGCCAAUCUUGGUCUUCUUUUAUGAAUUUAAUGUGUCAGCGGGAGAAUGUUCGAUCCCUGGGGGUAUCAGAUAUGUGGAUACAAAGGGAAGGCAUUCAGUGAUUGCUGUGUACUGCUUGCUAAUUGCUGCAGAGUUAGAAAUAUUGGUGUGUGUGCUGUAUCGCGCCUUCGAGAGCCAUGGUGGCUGGAGGAUCGAAAACCGACUUAUGCGUGGUCUCAUGCAUCAUAAUCUACUGUACUUCUGCUGCAGCUUUGGUUCGUGCCCAAGUCAUUCUAUUGUUUACUUGCUAAAUGGUACAGCUUUUUCUCUCGGUGUCGUCCUCGCCACAAUCUACCUUCCAUUUCCGGUGGUACACGUGAUUGCCGAGACUCAGGUCGUUGUUCUAUCUCUCUUGGUCACGCGAAUGCACAGGGACUUCUGGAGAUCGGAUCGUGCUGCUUGUGGCAUUGAUGGAGUGGAUCUUUCUCUCACAACGUUCAUGGCAGCAACCCCAGAUGUUAUGUGAUGGGUAUUUCCCCCUCCGAAGCAUCGUGCAACUAAUAUCUGAUCGAGGAAAGACUCUCAGAAGACGGGCAAUGCUAAUGGGUGUAUCGAUAAGCUUGACGGACGAAGUAUAUAUUAUCAGUAGACUAGAUCUUGUCACAACACAUGUAAGACAUUCGGAGGACUUAUAUAACUAAAAGGUGUCAUAUUAAGGGGACAAACUUCCAC